AUGGGCAUAGAAGCUGGCAAGGCCUAUGCUUCCAAGCUGAGACUGGGACGAUCCAAAAACACACCUACCAACUCACUGCUUAACGCAGCUGCCCACUAUGAUGUUAGCAACGACAUGUUUGCCGCCUUUCUGUCCAAAGACAUGACGUACUCUUGUCCUAUAUGGCGGUCUGCAGGUUUGGAUGGGAUUACAAAUGGCGUGGAAACUCUGGAGGAUGCUCAGCAGACAAAGCUGCUUCGAUCUAUCGAGGGAGCAAAAUUGAAGGCAUCGGACCAUUUUCUCGAGAUCGGCACAGGAUGGGGUUCUUUCGCAAUCGAGGCUGUGAAGCGAACAGGCUGCCGUGUCACGACCAUCACCUUGUCUCGAAAGCAACUAGAACUAGCCCAGCACGGGAUCAAGCUUACUGGCCUUGGUCAUCGCAUCGAGGUCAGGUUCAUGGACUAUCGAGAACUAUUUGUUUCUGCAGAAACAUUCGACAAGAUGUCUCGAUAG